CUGUCUGCAGCGGGAGAGCGGGACGCAGGGAGGAAGAGGGGGAGGGCGGAGGGAAACACAACAGGAAAACCCUGAAAGGAGGGAUUCUUGGGGAAGCCUGGGUUCUGCCAGAGCCAUUAUCCUGGAAGAGUAGGAGCGUGAACAGCCGGUGACUGGACCAGCAGGACCAGAGCCGAGCCAAGUCCUCACCGGACACCUCCCGGCCCCGCUGCACCGCAGAGCCACGCACCGGGAGGCCGGGUGGAUCCAGGGCUGAGCUCAUCAGUAAGCCUGGGGAUGACCUCCAGACGGCAGGAGCUGAUGUGAGCCAGCAUGACCGCCCCACAUCCUCUUCUCUGUCACACCUUGGUGUCUAUAUCUAACGGGGUGUCCCGCAUAGAGGAAGAUGAGGAUGAAGAUGAGCAGGGAGAGAAGUUUGAGUUUGAUGACGGGAUUGACAUCGGACCCCCACAGACGAGUUGCGGCUCUCUGAUGAAGAGUGAGUGGACCACAGACACAUCAGGGCUGAACCUUUACAUCCAGACAAACAAAGGCCAAGAGGCAGCAGGGCCGGACAUGACCAGAACCACCAGUACGGUACAGAAGGACCAGAACUCCUCCUUGUUCCACCAGCACUGCUCAGAUAUGGAGGUCAGGGAGUCACCUGAGGGAUGUUCCACCUCCUCUGAUCUGGGAUCGAUGGAAGAGUCAGAGAGUUCCUGGAAAGCGAGCUGUACUAAUGAAGGAAACCCUUCUGUAAUACCAGAAGGCGGUCAGGACGAGUCCAGCAGUGCAGUAACACAGCAGGACUCUGUUGAGGACGAGCUGUCCUCUUUAGCCAGUCCACAGACUGAUCAUCAACCAGCUGCUGCAGACAGAACAACCAACCAGAGUACAGAGACCUGCAGCGCAGACAACCUGGUCAGAGAGCCAGAGGUGGUCUAUGAUGACGUACCUGCUGAGAACCUACAGCAGCCGGUGAACGAUGUUGAGGACAUCUACGAGGACAUCCAGAGACCUGAUCACCGUGGCUCCAACGGCUGGAGCUCCAGUGAGUUUGAGAGUUAUGAUGAGCUGUCUGACAGUGAGACUGUUCCUCCGGCCCGCAGCAGCAGCAAGACUCAGAUCCCCUGUGUGUCUGAGCUGAAGGAAGUUCGCCGCUGGGCAGCAGACGCCUGGCUCAAGCUGCCUGCAGACGUGCUGAGGCUGAAGGAGCGCUGUGCCGUCACCAGGAGGGAGCUGGCGGCGCGUCUGAGUGCGCCGCAUGUUGCCCACAUCCGGCAGAGCUGUGACAACAAGGUGCAGCAGCUGAUGAAAGCAGCGAGGAGCGGCACCAAGGACAGUUUAGAAAAGACAAAGUUAGCCAUGAUUCGCAAAGUGUCCUUCCUGCACAGAAAAGACUCCACAGGUGAGGGAAAGGAUGAUGCAGGUUACCUGGAUGUGUCUGUGUGUGAGUUCAAGCACCCUCCACCACAGCUCUGCCCCAUGCCGGAGGGGCUCAGCAGUCAGCAGGUGGUCAGACGUCUCAUCCUCAGCUCCAUCGUGCAGAGUGAGAGCAGCUACCUGGAGUCUCUCAAGAGGAUCCUCCAGGAGUAUCAGCAGCCUUUGCAAGAGACGCAGAACUGGAUCCUGAGCCCCAGGAAGGUGCGUCAGGUCUUUUACCGUCUGCAGGAGAUCCACCAGUGCCAUUCCAUGUUCCAGAUUGCCCUGGCCUCCCGCGUGGCCGAGUGGGAUCACAGCGAGAGGAUCGGAGACCUGUUUGUCGCCUCGUUUUCAAAGUCCAUGGUGCUGAACGUGUACAGUGACUACAUCAACAACUUCACCAAUGCCAUGGCACUGAUCAAGAAGGCCUGCAUGUCUAAACCUGCGUUCCUGGACUUUCUGAAGAAGAAGCAGGCGUCCAGUCCGGACAGGAUCACUCUGUAUGGCCUGAUGGUCAAACCCAUCCAGCGCUUCCCUCAGUUCAUCCUGCUGCUGCAGGACAUGUUGAAGAACACUCCCGAAUCCCACACUGACCGGCUGCCCCUGCAGCUGGCUCUCACGGAGCUGGAGACUCUGGCUGAGAAACUCAACGAACAGAAGCGUCUGGCUGACCAGGAAGCUGAGAUCCAGCAAUUAGCGCACAGCGUGGGGGACCGCAACCUCAACAAGCUGCUGAACUCGGAACAGAGGCAGCUGAUUCAGUGUGAGCUGCUGACGGAAAUCGUUUAUGGUGAUAAAGGUCAGAUUCUCAAGUCGAGGGAGCGAAAGGUCUUCCUCCUCAACGACACGCUGAUCUGUGCCAACGUCAACCUGAAGGGUCCCCCUGACAUCAGCAGCCUGGUUCCUGUUGGUCCCAAGUACUCGGUGAAGUGGUGUUGCCCUCUGCUGCAGACUCAGGUGGUGGAGGUGGGACAGGACAGUCUGCAGGGCCAGGACAGCGUCAUCGCAGGCCGACGCCACAGCUCCACCUCCAGCCCCACGGGAAAAGUGUUCCUGGGUCCACCCAGACUGUACCAGGAGCUGGAGGAGCUGCAGCACGACCUGGCCGUGGUGGAGGAGGUGUCUCUGCUGGUGGGCACGCUCAAUGGAACCUACCAGAAUCUGAACACCACGGUGUCUCAGGACUGGUGUCUGGCUCUGCAGAGGCUCAUCCGUCUGAAGGAGGAGGAGAUCCAGAACGCCAACAAGUGUCGCCUGCGUCUGUCUGUACCGGGAAAACCUGACAAGUCCGGUCGUCCGGUGAGCGUCAUGGUGGUCUUCAACACCCCCAGUCCCAUCAGCAAGAUCUCCUGGGUGAACCGGCUGCACCUCGCCAAGAUAGCUCAGAGACAGGAAAACACUCGGGGCUGGGAAGGUGCUGAAGAAGAUGGGAAGACAAAAGCUCCGUUCAAUUGUCCACUGCUGACCUGCACACUUCCUGUCUUCUCCUCAAGGACACACAGACUGAAGCUGGAGGGGGCCCUUCACAGUCCAUCUCAGUCUAGCCUGCUGGGUUUCUGCUCUGCCAGUACGUCCCUACCACAGGGUUACCUCUGGGUGGCUGGGGGAGGAGGCAGCUCCGGCCACGGCCAAGUAGAGAUCUUCUCCCUGAACCGAGCCUCUCCUCGCCUGGUGAAAACCGUCCCGGUGAGGGCCCCGGUCCUCUGUCUGGAACACGUGAAGGAGCCGUGUCCCAGUGCAGAGGAGAAGAGCCAGACUGCAGCCAAGACAGGAAACAUCAUCUGUGUCGGGCUGCAGGACGGCAGCAUCCAGGUGUACAGCAGCGUGGACACAGCUGUCGAGUGCCUGCUGACCCUGGUGAACCCUGACAGCCAUCCCGUCCUCUGCCUGAAACACUCGCUGUCCUUCCUGUUCGCUGGACUGGCCAGCGGGAACGUCGCCGUGUACCACAGAAGAAGUGGAGAGAGACUGUGGGACGUGGACACAUGCAGGCUGGUGUCUCUGGGCUCGGAGCCGGUCUGCAGUCUGCUGACACUUGAAGACACUGUGUGGGCCAGCUGUGCCAACCAAGUCGCUGUCAUCCAAGGACCCAGCCUCAACAAACAGAGUUUUGAAGCCCACACUGAUCCUGGCUGCAGUGUUAGCCACAUGGUUCGUUCAGGAGGGGGUGUGUGGAUGGCCUUCACCCAGGGCUCGUCCAUCCACCUGUUUCACACAGAGACCUUGGAACCACUGCAGGAAGUCAACAUCUCCACCCGCACCACCCAUCUGACUGCAGGUCAGGUUUGCGUCUCCAGCUUGUUGGCCUGCCAGGGCCUGCUGUGGGUGGGGACCAGUCAAGGCAUCAUCCUCACCUUCCCUAUUCCCACCCUGGAGGGCAUCCCCAAGAUCACAGGUAAAGGGAUGUUGUCUCUGAACGCUCACUGUGGUCAGGUGGACUUCCUGGUGUCGGCCUCCAGCACGCUGGCCUCCGACCUGCUCAGACGGGACUCCAUUCUCAACGGUGGUGAGGAGGGUGCACUGAGAGAGGGAUGGGGAGAGGGAGGUAAAGGUGAUGGAGAUGAAAGAGGGCAGAGGUGUGAGCAGAGCAGCUACCCCCAGGACUCAGACGCUCCUCCACUGAGGGAGGAGAAACCCAAGCGCCUCCUGCUGCAGUAUCGCCUCCAAUCCACCUGCCAGCUGCCCGGGAAGCUCCUGACAGCUCAGCCUGAACAGGGGAACCUGAGGCCCCCCCCAGACUCCCUGGAGCACAGCCCAGAGGACGGCUCCAUCUAUGAAGUGAGCGAGGACCCUGACGUGUGGGUGAGGGGGCGGCCCAUGGAGUGGGGGAAGGAGGGGGAGGCCCGGCGCAGCAAAGUUACCUCAACAGCCAUCUUCUCCGGGGGAAGAGGCCACCGCAGGAUAGGACAGGCGGCCUCAGCAGAGACCGAUAACACACUGCUGGUGUGGCAGCUCCCUCUAACUCUCAGCCAAUGACAGACCAGCAUGUCACCUGACUCAGUUCUACUCUGUGGACUCCUAACACCAGCGUACUUCUAAACAUGUCAGCUAGACUCCACACCUGCUCUGAGGUAAUAGUUGCAGAGGACACACCCACUUUUGAUCUUCAUGUUUCUCUGGUUUCCUCUCCAUGUCAGUGGUUUGGUCCUGAUAGGUGAAUGCCACCAGCUAACAUUACCAAACAGGUGAACCACUAAGUAACGUUACCGGACAGGUGGACCACUAGGUAAUGUUACCGGUGGACCACUAGGUAACGUUACCGGACAGGUGAACCACUAGCUAACGUUACCAUACAUCAUACCUGAAUUUAUAUCUUUUCUAUGUUCUAUAGACAAAUUAAAAUUAAAAAUUUCCAACAAAUUUAAAUUUGAAAGCAAAUGAACAAAAGUUUUUUUUUAUUGUAAAUAAAUUCAGGCGUCAAGGAGUUAAAGGUUCAGGAGGUGUAUUUUGGACAGAGCAGCUGUCUCUCCCCGCUUCCGUUUUUUAUGCUACGCUAGGCUAACAACAACUAACGUGGGCUGCUUCAGUAAAUCUGCCUCUGAGUCUUCAGCUCCUGUGACUGAGGAUGUGAGGUGUUGCUGUCGAAACUGUUACGAGUGCCUGCAGCAGUGACCUGGGAUCUGUGACCACUUCUAUCCAAAUUAGCACUUUUGCAUCAACGAACAAACAUUUCAGAGUCGGACCAACAAACUCUUUAAAUGUCAAAAUAACAGAAUGAUCUGAGAACCAAUUAAUAUUCUGAUUAACUGUCAUUGCCGUAUUGAUGUGCAUGUAAAUAUUUACGCACCUUAAUUCUUCACAUAAUCGUGUGCUUCAUGAUUGAUGAUGUAAUAUAAAGUGAUAAUAAAUCUAAAGCGAUAAUGGUACGGACGGUGAUGUUUGAAAGGCUUUUCUGUUCUGUCAUUUUAAAGAUGUGUAACAUUAUGAUUUAAAAUAUGAAGUAGUAAACAGACCUGAAGCUCUCUCAGUCCAAAUAUGUUUCUUCUGUGAUGUGAAGAAAUGAGACAAGGUGAAUACUGUGUGUACACAAAAUGUUUGUAUUAUGUAUUUAUCUUGUGAUCAAAUUACGUAAUAUUGUCGUUUAAAAAACUUUUAAAUGUUUUUUUUUCUCAAGCUAUUACUACAUUUUCAAUGUAUAUGGUACAUUUUCUUCACAGUUUUUUGUGUAAAAUAUUUGUUGCUCCCAGUGUACUCAACGCUCCUAUUGGACGGGUUGUGAAACUACAGCUUCAGGUUCAUUCUUCAGGUAACACAGGUGAAACCUUCAUGGCAGGAAUGUCGCAGCCAUGUUGAAUGCAGCUGGUCUCUGUGGUACAUUUUAUGCCACCACUAUUAAAUAAAGUUAAAUUAAAGAUA